AUGAGUUGGCUAGAAUCAAAUUCCAGAUGUAAAAAAUAUCUUUUUUGGUUGGUAUUCUUUCUGAUCGGUGCGCUGCUUGCCUUAAUUCCAUGCUUGAUUGUUGGUCUUACCAAAAAGAAAUCUUGUCCCGAUCCACAACCACAACCUGCCGAAUGGAAUGCGAGUGAUUAUCAAUCAAAUUAUGAUUACUAUCGACAACUUGAGCAGAAACAUGAUUUAACUCCAACGGAUAACAUUCUAAUGGAUCGAUUAUCAUGGCCGAGAUUUUGUCCAGGUGAUAGUUCAAAAAUCGUUUACUUACGAAGACAAUUUCAUAUGCCGGACUUUAAUGGAUCGUCAACAACACUACAUUGGGUUGAUAUGAGUAAUCCAGCGGAACCGAAAACGGUUCAACUGACGCGCCCGAAAUGGGGUACUCAUGAUCAACAGUUUUAUUGGAUCGAUAAAUCAACAAUUCUCUUUCUGUCGAAUCGUGGAUCAUCGGGACACACUCAAAUUUUUCAACUUAACCUCCCCGAUGAUGUCUCAAAAGUCGAUUCUUUCAUCGAACCAAUUCAAAUUACUGAGUUUCCAUUGGAUGUUGAUAAUCUUUUAGUUAAUCGUCAANUCCAACAAGUAUCCCAAUGCGACUGUACGACAAUUUACCCUUUUUACUAUCAUCAAGACCAUCGAUAA